CUUAAGAAAAUAAACACACAGUAACAUAAAAUGUGAUUAUUUACUGAAAACAAAUCCUAAUUCUUCCGCCGAAAUAUAGUUCCCCAAGAUAGCACAAUGUUUGCCAAGCAACAGCGGCGCACUAAUACCAGAGACGUCAAACUAAUGCUGAGCAGGACACAGACAGGCGUCAGUUCAUGAUUCAACUGUUCACUCAGUAUGUCACUCAGGGGUCUGUCCACAGAGGAACUUUUACAAAAGUUGGUGAUGGAAGGAGGAAUCGAAAUUUCAGAGGAGGAAGCUCAGAAAUUUAGAGACAAUGAUGUGGAUGGAGAGACAGUAGACUGCGGACUCACAGAAAAUAUAGACUUCACAAACCGCUACAAGGAGGUCACCCUUACUUUGGAAGUGGUCAACCCAGAACAGCAGACAUGUGAAGCUCCUGUGUCCCCAGCAAACCAGAGUUUGGAAUCUACUUGCCACAGACUGCCUGCAGUCAUUUCCAUUCCACAAUUCCCACAAGAUGUCCAGAGCCGCUUAGAUGCUAAAGAACCGGUCCACAAGAAACAAAAGUACCGUAACAAAAUAAUUGGGACUCUGUAUGACAUGGUGUCACGGUGUACAAUGUAUCCAACCAACUCGGACUACGUUCAGGUCGUUAAGGCGUUGAUUGUGAAGUACCCUUUCUUAAGGGAUGUACACGGGAAUGGUUAUCAUACCUGGCACAGCCAACUCAAGAGAAAAUUCAAAACAGAACGGGCUCCACUAAUCAACAAUGAGGAAGUAAAACGGGUCAAAGAGAAGUUUCGGCAAGCAAGAUCACUGAAGACCCCAGAAGAAUCUACAUCCACAUGUCCAAAACGACUGAAGCCAUCUCUAGAAUCAUGCAUUGUGGGGGAGGAUGCAACCUCUGUUGAGGCUCAUAUCAAGGUACUUAUUGAGCAAUACAGAAAGUUGCAUCCAGACAUGAAUCUGGUGAAAGACCACAUGAUGAAAACCUUUGCAUGGAGACGCCGAGAAAUAGCAGAAGGAAUGUCAACUGAAGAUCUCUUGAGGAGAUAUCCAUUCCUAAGAACAUCCGCAGGGUUGUGCGAUGAGGUUGAUGCCAUGCACCCCUCUCCAGUCAACGUAUGCCACCGCAUCAGUGAGAACUUCACAUCUAUUCUCCCAAAUAUGCUGAAACUUGUCAAGGAUUCGCCACUGAAAAUUCUCUACAUGGAAGCAAGAGAGGAUGCCUUGGCUGAGGAUAUUAAAGGAAUUGACUUCAGGGGUGGUCUUGCCAUCCAUAUUCAAGGAGAAGAUUGAGGAUUUCAUUGUCCUUGGACAGAAUAAUCCUCAAACUCCAUAUCCAACCGUUCAACUGAAAGCACAAGGGUUGAAAUAUGCCCUCUCCAGACAGUGUCAGAGUGUGGUCAAUGUCGAGGGAAUUGAGGUUUGUUCUUGCACUUCAGUGGAUGAGGCCUUCAUUGCAGCCUUCUGCAUGUACUUCGUCUUCAACAUGGCAUAUCCUGGAUACUUGAAAAAGACACUGACCUUUCUCCAGAGGUGCAUCGCAAACAUCACGGGGGAUGGAGACAAAUCCCUGCUGGUAACUGUAACUCGAAUUGUCAACCUUCUUCACUGAUCAUGCCUGGACUGCAUCAGUGUACAAAAUGCUCAAAGAGGACCUUUACUCUUAGGAAACUGAUUCAUCAUAUUGGACUUGUACAUGCACACGACCCUCAUUUCAGCAUAACCUGUGGGAUAAGUAACUGCCAGUCUGCUUUUUCCAAGUAUCAUUCUUUUAGGCGGCAUGUUUAUCGAAAACACAAAGACAAUAUUUCUGAUUGCACUGAAGUAACUGAAGAACAUUUUGAAGAACUAGUUGAACACACACACACACACACAGUUGAACAGCCCACACCACCAAGUAUAGACACUUUGCUUGAAAAUGUAAGAGACCAUUUAUUUAGUUUCAUUCUCAAGUGUACCGAAAAAAAUAAUCUCUCCCUCUCUGUCCAACAAGAUAUUGUUGAUGACCUACAUUUUUUAUUGUGUUUUUUCAAAGAAAACUAUGACUCAUUCAUUUCUUAUCAUUUGGAUAAGAAUGGUUUCCACAUUAGUGAUUGCCCAGAACUUGAGCAGGUUUUGUCUUCUUCAGACUUUUUUCAGAAAGCAUGCGAUUCAGUUCGGUCUCCAUUCAUGAUAAAAGAGCACUGCAAAACAAAAAUGGACAUGACAGAACCGAUCAGUUACACAGUAAGAGACA